AUGCGGAGUUUCAAAAUUAAACCAAAUUGUAUAAUUAGUGAUUGGGAUGAAACUAUAACAGUGAAAGAUACUAUAAAAUAUGUUAGUCAAGUUCCUUAUAAAUUGAAUCCAAACUUGACUCCAAAAUUUGAAUAUUUUACAAAUGUUUACAUGAAGAAUUAUAAUGAAUAUAAGGAAAAAUUUGGUUUACGCAAUAGUUUAAAUGACGAAAUUAGAUUUCAAAAGGGUAUGAGACCAAUUGAAAUGAGUUCAAUUAAAGAAUUGGAACGUUAUAUGAUAUUUAAAGGUCUAACAAAAGAAUAUUUUGAAGCUCAGGCUCAUUUGAUUGAGUUAAGAUCGGGUUUUGUUGAUUUUGUAAACAAGUGUAGACAAAUAGGUAUUGAGUUUAUAAUUUUAAGUGUUAAUUGGUCAAGUUUAAUUAUCAAAAAGGCACUUGAAUUGAAUGGCAUAUUUGAUAUAAAGAUUAUUACUAAUGAGUUAGAAUUUAAAAAUGGUUUGACCACGGGAACUUGGAUAGGUAAUGAAAUUAGAACGAGUGAGGACAAAUUAGAUUUUGUCAAAAAAUAUGGUGAGAAUUUCAUGUAUAUUGGUGAUAGUUUGACUGAUUUGCUUCCAUUGUUGCAUAGCAAAUAUUCAUUUAUCAUUCAAGAUGGUAAAAUUUGUGAACUUGAUGAAAAAUAUAAUUUAAAUUUUAUUAAAGGUAAUUGGAAUGAUUUUAUGAACUACAUAGAGUAA